UAAACACAUUUUUAAAAUGGUAGCCUCCUGCAAUGAUGAAAAAAAUUGAUGUUGUUCUCGCCAUAGAUACUACUUUAAAAAUAGACAAACUAAUUAUAGAACAGGUACAAGAAAUAUAUAACGUAAAUAUAAAGUACACAAGUCCCUGAUAAGUGAGACAUGGCAGAAGCUGUGAAAGUUAUUGUUAGGUGCCGACCACUGAAUGACCGUGAGAAAAAUCUGAAGUGUCAGAAUGUUAUUGAAAUGGAUGGAAGUAUUGGUCAGUGUAGGCUGCGAAAACCAAAUGAUAAAAGUCAGCCACCUAAAGCAUUUACAUUUGAUGGUGUAUUUUUUAUUGACAGUAUUACUGAAAAUAUUUAUGCAGAUAUAUGUUUCCCCCUUGUGGAAGGCUGUGUUGAAGGAUACAACGGGACCGUAUUUGCAUAUGGACAAACAGGUUGUGGUAAAUCAUUUACUAUGCAAGGUAUUGAAGAUCCACCUACUCAGCGUGGAAUUAUACCACGUGCUUUUGAGCACAUUUUUGAAAGCAUACAGGUUUCCGACAAUGCUAAAUUUUUAGUCAAUGCUUCUUAUUUGGAAAUUUAUAAUGAAGACAUUCGUGAUUUGUUGGUAAAAGAUCACAAGCAAAAGCUUGAAGUAAAAGAAAACCCAGAUCGUGGUGUUUAUGUAAAGGAUCUCUCGAUGGUGACCUGCCACAAUGUACGUGACAUGGAAAAAGUAAUGGAUCGAGGCUCUCAAAUGAGGUCUGUGGGUGCUACUUUAAUGAAUGCUGACUCAUCUCGUUCACACUCUAUAUUUACAAUUUAUGUUGAAACUUGUGAAACUGGAGCAGACGGGGAAGAGCAUAUACGAGCUGGAAAAUUAAAUCUUGUAGAUUUGGCUGGAAGUGAACGACAAGCGAAAACGGGUGCUUCAGGUGAUCGUUUGAAAGAAGCCACAAAAAUUAAUUUGUCACUCUCUGCACUUGGUAAUGUCAUUUCUGCGUUGGUUGAUGGUAAAUCAAAACAUAUUCCUUACCGAGAUUCAAAGUUGACUCGUCUUUUGCAGGAUUCCCUUGGAGGCAACACCAAAACAUUAAUGGUUGCUUGUAUCAGUCCUGCUGACAACAACUACGAUGAGACGUUAAGCACUUUGCGUUAUGCAAAUCGUGCCAAAAACAUCAAAAACAAGCCCAAAAUUAACGAAGAUCCCAAAGAUGCCUUACUUCGACAAUAUCAAGAUGAAAUUACGAUGCUAAAGAAAUUGCUGACUGGGCAACUGAAUAUGAGUCCUGAAAUUAUUGCACAACUUGGUUUAAGUGGUGCAUCAGUAACGCAAGGAGCUGUUCAGAAUAAACCUGAGCGUCCUCCACCUCCCGUGAAGUCCUCAUCCUUUAUUGAUCAAGAAAUGGAGAAAAUUAAAAAGGAAUAUGAAGGAAAGCUGAAAGCUAUGCAACAGAAAUAUGAAGAUGAACAGCUCAACAAACAAAAAUUAGCUGAGGAAGUUGAAAAGCUGCAAAAAGAUUUAAGUUGCACACUACAAACCAAGACAUCGAAAAUAGAAGGCUUUAAAGAUGAGGAUGCAGAAGCAAUACUUGCAGACUUUCAGGCUAAAGCUGCAGCAGCAGAUUCGACUGAAGUUAGUGAAGACACGUCUUCUGUUCCUGAGAAAUUAUCACCAGGCAAAACACAGAAGACACCUAAUGCCACUAAAGAUAGUAAAGAGGAAACCAAAACGAUUGAGAAAAUUAUUCAACCUGAUAAGGCUGAGAAAACUGUCCAUUCUGAAAAAGUUAACACCUCUCAUCAGAAGAGUACUUUGUCUCAGGCUGAAACUUCAAAAGUAGUACCACCUAAAAGCUCACCCAAACGACCAGAGUCACCAAAAGCCUUAACUCGUUCUGAUUCCCCAUCGUUGCUUCGUGGAUAUGCUGCAAAAGGGUUAGGAAUGUUAAAAGACAAACUGGCUACCUCUUAUGGAUCUGGUCCAAAUAUGUCUGUAUCCAUUUCCAAACAUGGUAAAGAUUUUGAAAAGCCAGACAUACGUGCUACACCUGGGGAGAGCCCAUCAAGAAAAGGUUUUGUGGCAGGUGCUGUCAGUAAUGUUGCUGCACAUAUACAAGAAGAAGCGGUCAAAAGACUGACAACACUUCAAGAACAAUUAGUUGGUAAUGAGACACAGGAGGAUAAAAUAGCCAAAGAAGAACUAAAACGAAAACACAAACAACGAAAAGAUCAUGCUGUGGCAAGACAGAAAAAAAUGGUAAAAGAAAUACAAAAAUGGGAAGGAGAAGGAAUCAUGGUUAAGGUCUAUGAUAAUUUACAAGAUGAAAUAAAGGUAAAAAAUAGCAGAAUUACUGAAUUAGAAACAGAAGUUAAAGCAUCAGCUAUUGAGAUCACUGAUUUGCAAGGAGAGUUUCAAGCAGAAAGAGUGGAUUAUCUGGAUACCAUAAGAAGGCUUGAAAAACAAAUCGCAUUGCAAGAUAAAAUUUUACAUAAGAUUCAACCCACGAUAAGACGCGACUGUAAUUACUAUAAUUUGGACAGAAUGAAAGUGUUGAGUGAAUACGAUGAAGAAUCUGAAACUUGGAUUGUGCCUGAACUAAAAAUCGAAAAAACUAGCUUGCCCAAAACAGGACCAGGUAAAGAAAAUCUCUCCUCCUUACGUCAAAGUGAAUCCAUGCAAGAGAAUGUAGACUAUCAUGAACGCGCCAAUAAUGAUGACUUUGCUAAUCAUCUUCACAAUACCGUCAAUGAAGAAUAUUCAAAUAAUUACUUCAAACCUAAGAGGGCUGAUAAACUUCUGUCAUCAAGUAGUAAUUCAACAUAUGACCACAAGACUGACAAGAUUGAUAGUAGCGGAAGCAACCUUGCUAAAGUGUAUACCCCGUAUGAGCCAAUGAAUCUUUUUUCGGAACCACAAAGAAGGCCGCACAAAUUAGAAGCUUUGCCAGUAAUAAAGAAAAAGAAAGCAAAAAGUAGGGAUGUGUAAAGAAAGGCAAGCGCAUGUUUCUUUCACAUGCUGAUCCUAUUACAUGUUGUAAAUACAAAAUUGUUUGGUCGCAUCGAUACGAAAAGCACACAUAACUAACUAACUAAAUUUUUCACAUAAUUUUUACAAUCAAACACAGUUGAAUGUUUUACCAAGUUUAAUAAGAUUUUAAAGUUUCAGCAUUGUGAAUAUUUGUAUUAAAAAUGAUAAAGAUAUCUUUUUUUGUAGGUUAAAAUAAAAUAUCCAGUAUACUUCCUUAUGUUUGAAAAAAUCCAUGUCAAACCUUCUUGACGAUUUGAGGAGCUCAAAUCUUUUAUAAUAAACGUGGUUAAGGUCUUAUGGAAAGUUGAUUAUCUAGUUUACAUGCUUUAGCCUCAGAAAUGUAACACAAUUUACAAAUUUAUUUUUAUGAACAAUUAAACUUAAUGCACGGACUUUAUUAGGAGGCCUCCACCUAAUUAAGCUUAAUUUUUAGUUGAUUGGUAAAUUUAGGUUUGAUUCGUUACUUUAAUAACUCACAUGCUAUGUGAUUAUUAUUUGCAAUAAAAUUUCUUUUUUGCCUGAGAUUAGUCCGUUGGAGCGCAUGUGUGCUUAUUUGGGCUUAAAAUCAACUUUGCUUUAAAAAAAUUCAAAUAUUCCCUGGUCAUAAAUCCAACUUUCUUGGUCUAUGUGUUUUAUUUUGGUGUUAUAUUGAGAUGUUCAGCAAAUUUAUUACAUUAUUUAUUAUUUUUAUAUGCAUUGCAUAAUUUUACACCAAAUUUUUACAGUGAUUAAAAAUGAGAUAGCUGAGUAGAUUAUAUAAACAGCUUAAAUAAUAUUAGUAACACUUGAUAAUUAUAAAAUUGUACAGGCCUUUAUUGGCAUUAGUUUCCAGUUGUUAAUAUUCCUGCCCAUUAUUGUCAUAACAUAAAAAUUGAAUGCCAAUAUUAGCUAACAAGGUAUUAAACAGCUUCUUAAGUAUGGUUAAAGUCCAUUUUAAAAAAAAAUAUUCUUAAGGAAUGUUUUCUUUCAAGUAAACAUUUUUAUUAGGAGAAGAAAGAAAAAAAACUCCUUUUCCUUAGGUGCUUCAACUAUCAGCACAAUGUAGGUAAAAAUCUUUUGUUGUGAAAAAAUAUUUAACGGGUAAAUUUUCAUAUGUAGAAAAUUUUUCUUACUUUUGCCUGAUAUGAUAGGGUCUGUGUAUACAUUUUAGCGGGACCUUCUAAAUAGCAAAAUGGAGCUCUAGAAAAUAUAAAAAUAUUCCAUUUUUUCUUUUUAAUCUGUUUAAUUUUUUGUUUUGUUUUUUAUUUACUUUAACUUCUUGAACCACAUAGGAGUUUUAAGGUGCUCAUAUUAUAGUGUAGUUGUAAAAAUGAAAAUUCAUUUUUUUAGUGUAGGUCACCAAAAUUUUUCUUUUGUAGCUAUUUAUAAUAUUUUAAUUGAACGGGUGGAAGAUUUAAAGUGGUUGCAGUAGGAUUUAUAAAUUAAGAUAGAUUUAAUGUUUGUAAAAAGUUUGAUACAGUGUAACAUAACUGCAAUUUAUAAAUAUGUUAAUUUAUGUUAAUUUAUGUUUCUACUAUUUAGGUUUAUUUAUUCCUUUAGAAAUGGUUUUUGUAAAUAAACAAAAAUGUUUUUCUUUGUUUUGUUGUUAUAAAAGUUUGUUGCAUAUAAUUUGAUUGAGAAUGUAUUGAAUUUUAAGUUAUAGAAUCAUCACUAAAAAUUC